AUGGCGCCGUCCUCACGUCUUCUUACGGCCGUGCCGCUUCUGCUAAUCCUUCUCGGCGGCGCACUAACCCCCGCCUAUGCGGACACCGAUGGCCGCAACCGCCGGCGGCACACCCGCUUGUUCGCGUUCGGCAACUCGCUCACUGACACGGGAAACGGGCCCAUCUUCCCGGUGACUGCAGGGUCCUUCCACCCAGCCUCCGUACGGGGAGACCUACUUUGGCCAUCCCAGCGGCCGGGCUUCCAACGGCAGGCUUAUCCUCGACUUCCUCGGUAUGUAUGUAUAUAUGUCAUCAACAUCAAACUGGAGGAGCUGAAGGUGCCAGAGCCGACGCCGUACCUCGCCGGCAGGACGGCCGCCGACUUUGUGAACGGGGCCAACUUCGCGCUGGGUGGUGCAACGGCGCUGGACCUGGCGUUCUUAGCAACCAACGGCCGCCCAUCUCUCUGGCUAAUGAGACGAGCUGAUCAACGUAAGAUCAUGGCAAAGUCGGUCUUCUACGUCGGCGAGAUCGGUGUCAAUGACUACUUCGUCGCCCUAAGCAACAACUCCGUCGACGUCGCGGUGAGCCUGGUUCCACACAUCAUCGGCGCCGUCCGUUCGGCCCUGACCGCCAUGAUCGCUGCCGGGGCGAGGACGUUGGUGGUCACGGGGAUGCUGCCAAUCGGCUGCGAGCCGCAGCAGCUGGCCCUGUUCCCGGGCGGUCCGGGAGACUACGACCCUACCACCGGCUGCAUCACGCGGUUCAACGUGCUCGCCGAGCACCACAACCACCGGCUGAGGAUGAUGCUCAGGGAGCUCCGGAGCAACUACGGCAGGUCCCUGACCCUCCUCUACGCCGACAUCUACCGCCCCGUGCUCAAGGCCAUCGCGUCCCCCGCCUGUACGUUUUCGGCGACACGCCGCUGGCCGCGUGCUGCGGGGGCGGCGGCGGACCCAACAACUUCAACUUCAUCGCGUUCUGUGGCACGCCGGCGUCGACGACGUGUGCCGACCCGUCCAAGUUCGUCUCCUGGGACGGCAUCCACUUCACCGAGGCUGCCAAUAGGUUCAUCGCUCGUAACAUGA